AUGAACAGGUUUCGUAUGUGGUUGAUGAAGUCUGGUCUUAGUGAAGUACAGGGAACCUACGAUAAAGUUUUGGAGCAAGAGUUAAUGGUUGUGAAGAUUAGCAUACUUGAGAGAGCAUUUAUCCUGGUGGCCACAGCAUCACCCAGCAGCCACAGCAUCUUCCAGCAGCCACAGCAUCACCCAGCAGCCACAGCAUCACCCAGCAGCCACAGCAUCACCCAGCAGCCACAGCAUCACCCAGCAGCCACAGCAUCACCCAGCAGCCACAGCAUCACCCAGCAGCCACAGCAUCACCCAGCAACCACAGCAUCACCCAGCAGCCACAGCAUCACCCAGCAUCACCCAGCAGCCACAGCAUCACCCAGCAGCCACAGCAUCACCCAGCAACCACACCAUCCCCCAGCAGCCACACCAUCACCCAGCAGCCACAGCAUCACCCAGCAGCCACAGCAUCACCCAGCAACCACAGCAUCACCCAUCAGCCACACCAUCACCCAGCAGCCACAGCAUCACCCAGCAGCCACAGCAUCACCCAGCAGCCACAGCAUCACAGGAGACGGCGUCGCCUCGCCACUCCCUCGACUUAGACAAUGA